AUGGGUGCCGUUCCUGGCGAUAUCACGGAACUGACCGACCUUGAUGCUGAAGAGAUAGGCUAUUUCGGAAAGUCGUCGACUCUGUCCUUUGUUGCCCAUGUCCAGAAGCUUCUGGUCAGCUCCAGGCCGAUUCCCUCGGCGGGCCAAAGUGCAAACCCCACACAGCCAGCUCGAAGAGCUCUGCCGACAGUGGUGCCCAGCGAAGAGUACAGCGUCCCGCCGCGAAAAGAAGCUGAUGCCCUCCUUCACCGCUUCUGGAAGAAGGUCUAUCCGCUCUACCCGUUUCUCGACCGUGACCAGUUCCACCGUCAGUACAGCGAAGUCUGGUCGUCCAGUCCUCCGGAGGCGUUGACAUCUUCGACGGUGAUCGAGUCAUCGUCGUUCACCGAGCACGCCGGUCGUCGUUGCCUACUGCAGGACAAAGUGCCCGACUCCCGGAGGUUUCACAUUCUCCUGAACGCCAUCUUCGCCGUCAGUUGCAGCUGUGAUACACCCAAUACGGGCCUGUCGCAGGCCCAUCGUGGAGAAAUCUACUGGCAACGGAGCAAAAGCUUGUUGGAGCUGGACUUUGAUAUCUUCAACCGGCCAAAUCUCCAAUUCAUCCAAGCCUUGCUGUACGCAAGUAUCUACCUGCAAAGCUCCACAGAGCUUACCGGCGCCUGUUGGAAUCUACUACUUCCCUCGAGACCCGUCGAACCCGCGGAGGCGCUGACGCCGACCAGACCGUCCGAUGACAACAGUCUUGCUUCGUUCGUGUAUUCGGUCAGACUGCAGCGCACUUUGAGCAUGAUCACCUCGACGCUGUAUGAAACUCCGUCCGGCGACGACGUCUAUCUAUCCGACUCGACGUCUUUUGGCAUCGAGGUAUUCAGGGCUCCGCAUCUCAUGCAAAAGAUCGCGAGCGGGGACUUUCGAAGUCUCGUCCAACUCGAAGGCGAUCUCUGCCACUGGGAAACGUCGUUGCCGUGGUGUCUGAGGGUGCCGGCAAGCGCGCAGCUGCUCUCCCUGGAUGAAACAUUCACCCCUAAAUUCGACGUGCAAGCUGUCGCGCUGCGUGCUCGUCAUCUCUACGCGCACAUCCUCCUGUUUAGGCCGAUCCUGCUGCAUCACGCCCAACCUGGAGGUGGCUUUCGAGGCAGAAAGGGACAUGACGCCGGAAGUGACGAUGAGGAUAUCUCGUCGGCUCUAGGCCGCGCGUUGGUCAAUCAUGGAGUGCACAUGUGUAUCAAAAAUGCCCAGGAGCUGGUGCUGCUGCUUGAAUGGGUUCACCGGGCCUACCUCGAAGCCAUUCCGGAACCAUGGUACGUCAUUUUCUGGCUGUACACCUGUGGCAUGGUCUUCCUGCUCGACCGGCACUGCAACAUCAGUGGCAAUGACUGUAUGUCGUUCUGGAACCCGUGCCUCGACACUUUGCGGUUAUACCAGUCCACGCACCGCACAGCCGUCCGCUCACUGAAACUCCUCGAGCUGAGCGAGAGGAGCCUUUUCCCGGCUCCUCGCGCUCAGGCUCGGGCUCAAACAUCGACCUCAGUCGCGCCACAAUCCCAACAACCUGUCCAUGGGCCUGCGCAGGGCUCUGCAAGGUAUCAGAUGGAUGCCGCUGGGGGCGGCGGCGUCAGAGUAGGCCUCAACCCUGAGACAUUGUCGCCGGUCGCAGAACAGCCGCACAGCAUAAUCACGUGGAGCGAACCGGAAGGAGAAUUGCCCAGCCUUUGCCUCGACGAUCAGAUUGACUUUGCUUGGCUGGGGACUCUGCCCUUUGAGUUUAAUUCUGAUGAGCAUCUUGACGAGCUUUGGUCAUGA